AUGAAAGGAGGAGAGUUUCAACUAGAAAGGAUUCUAGAUGUUUUCACAAGUAUUGAUCUCUCCAAUCAUCAAUUGGAAGGGAAAAUCCCAGAGUCCAUAGGAGAGUUUAAGUCAUUGCAUAUCCUGGACUUGUCUGGUAACAACCUUGAUGACCCUAUACCAUCAUCACUGGAGAAUGCUCACCAGCUUGAGUCAUUGGCUCUCUCAAACAACAAGCUAUCAGGGGAGAUUCCUGUGCAGUUAACAAGUCCAACAUUCCAUUCCUUCUUGGACUUGGCAGGAAACAACCUCGAAGGAGCCAUACCUAACGGAGGUCAAUUCAACACAUUUCCUCUAAAAUCAUACGAGGGGAACCCAAUGUUAUGCGGAUUUCCAUUAUCCAGGAAAUGCAGAGUCGAUGAGGAAGCAGAGGCAUCAACUCAUGAACGACUCUUGGACUCUGAUCCGAGAAUUGAAUUUGAUUGGAGAGUGGCAUGGAUGGGAUACGGGUGUGGGGUGGUGGCAGGGUUGAGUAUUGGCUACAUUCUAUUCUGGGGGAAUGGAAUCUUCGCCCAAACCAUUCCAAUAAACAGGCAGCAUCCUCAAUCAACAAGGAGGCGAAGGAGGAGGAUUUAA